UUCACACCUAUCUUUUGUUGUUUCUGCUACAUAAAGAAACCCUUGCUAAAAUACCAAGCCCUUAAAACCCUGACCAAGCAAAACUUAUCUCAGAAAUCAAAAAAGAAGAAGGAAAAGUCAACUAUGGAAAUCAAGAUUAAACUGUUAGCGAUUUUUUUCAUCUUCUUUUCUUCAAUAAUCUUCACUGCUACAUCGAUAUCCUCUAAAACCAAUGUUACCUGGUGGUGCAGCCAGACACCACAUCCUGAAACUUGCAAGUACUUCAUUGGCCACAGACUCCAACGUGUUGCUCUCAAACAUAGGUCAGAAUUUCGCAAAAUAACUGUCCAAGUUGCCCUAGAAAGAGCUCUUAGUGCACAAAAAAAAGUCUCCAAAUUAAGACCUAAAUGCCAAGAUCAUCACCAAAGAGCUGUAUGGGUUGAUUGUCACAAACUCCAUUCUGAUACCAUCGUUCAACUAAACCGCACACUUCAAGGUCUAGCUGCCAAGAAAAAGAAAAGCUGUACAGAUUUUGAUGCACAAACAUGGCUAAGCACUGCCCUGACUAACAUCCAGACAUGCCGGACAGGGUCUUUAGACUUUAACGUGUCAGAUUUUAUCAUGCCAAUCGUCUCCAGUAAUCUAUCUAAGCUUAUAAGCAACGGUCUAGCUAUUAAUGGAGUUUUGCUUUCUGUUCAAAAUAAUAGUAUAGAAGGAUUAUUUCCAAGAUGGUUCUCAAGGAAAGAGAGGAGGCUAUUGCAAGCUCCAUCAAUCAAGGCAAAUUUGGUAGUAGCACAAGAUGGUUCGGGGCAUUUUAGGACUGUUCAGGCAGCUAUCAAUGCGGCAGCGAAGAGGAGAUAUGGGACUAGGUUUGUUAUUCAUGUGAAGAAAGGCGUUUACAGAGAAAAUAUAGAAGUUGGCAUCAACAAUAAUAAUAUUUGGUUGGUCGGUGAUGGGUUGAGAAAUACCAUUAUAACGAGUGGCAGAAGUGUUGGUGCUGGUUAUACAACCUACAGUUCUGCAACUGCUGGAAUAGAUGGUCUCCGAUUUGUUGCUCGUGGCAUUACAUUUAGGAACACAGCAGGUCCACUAAAAGGCCAAGCGGUUGCACUUCGAUCAGCUUCAGAUCUCUCCGUAUUCUAUCGAUGUUCGUUUGAAGGAUACCAAGACACUCUUUUUGUCCACUCACAACGUCAAUUCUACAGAGAAUGUUAUGUUUAUGGCACCAUAGACUUCAUUUUUGGUAACGCAGCAGUUGUUUUCCAAAAUUGUAUAAUCUAUGUAAGGCGACCUUUGAAAGGGCAAGCGAACAUGAUCACCGCACAGGGCCGAAAUGACCCUUUCCAGAAUACCGGAAUUUCAAUUCACAACUCGCGGAUUUUACCAGCACCUGACUUGAAACCGGUGGUUCGUGCAGUUCAGACGUACUUAGGAAGGCCUUGGAUGCAGUACUCCAGGACAGUAGUUCUUAAGAGUUAUAUUGAUAGUUUCAUUCAUCCAGCUGGUUGGUCACAGUGGCAAGGCAGCAACUUUGCUUUGAACACGUUGUAUUAUGCAGAGUAUAAGAAUUUUGGACCUGGGUCUUCCACCAGACGGAGAGUUAAAUGGAAAGGAUAUCAUGUUAUAACUAGCAGCACUGUAGCCUCAAGUUUCACGGUCGGUCGGCUUAUUGCUGGCCAGUCAUGGUUGCCAGCAACUGGUGUUCCAUUUAUCUCUGGCCUAUGAAUAUUCUCUAUUUACUAUACCUUUUUUUUUUAUUCCUUUCGUUUUUUGGUGUAUUUAUUCAUUUGAUUGAAUUGAAAUUUUUUAAGAAAAAAAAAAUUCAUUAUGUGAACUUUAUAAUGAUUGUAUAUACUUUGCCAUAAUAUGCACAUGUAUUUUAGUUUCAAAUAAUGGAAUGAAACCCAUUGGGCUUUUUGGGCCACUCUUAGCAGGAAAGAGGGAGACGACCAUCCUCAUUCCUCAGCUUGGAGCGAGGAUUUGAUCUAAAAACUAGUCAUAGGGCUUUGGUAAUAACACGGAAUUCGGGCUUGGGUCCGUCAGUCCGUGACUAUAGAGGA